GUUUGACAAUAAAUAUAUAUGUAAAAAUAAUAAGGCGCAGAAUAAAACUGAUUUUAUUAUUUUGUCAUUAUUCUAGAUAUUGAGUUCACAUUUAACAAUAAACACGGGUGUAAAAGAUGAUGUGUUUUGGAUAGUUUUUACUGAACUCAGAGAUAAGCCACGUGGUAAAUGAUGCGACAGUUAUAUAUGCUGUGUCUUACUUUGGUGAUAUGUAUACACACGGCCAGAGCAUGCCUCCCUGUAAAGUUAGCUGGAGAUGGGCGAUCAACGCCGACACGGGACACUAUCCAACCGACCAUCACGUGUCCUUCAAAUAUACAUAAAAUCGCCGAUCCAGCGACACAAAGCGCGUCUGUAUCUUGGAACGAAGAUUCUAUUGUCGUAAAUGACAACAGUAACGAUGAAAUCAGAAAAACACGAACUGGUCUAUCCUCGGGGAGCAUGUUCGGUGAGGGAGUGACAACAAUAAUGUACCAUGCACGAGAUAACAGUGGCAACUAUGCAUCGUGCUCUUUUAAUAUUACUGUCGAAGUUAUCAGAUGUAGCCAGUGGGAUGCUUUGAUUGACGGCUGGAAACUCUGCAACGUUGGUUACGAGAUGCGAUUUGGAACCGUUUGUGAAUUUGGUUGCUAUACUGGUCACGUGCUGAUUGGAGCGAAGAUGAGGGAAUGUCAAAUGUCAGGCGAGUGGGAUACUGCAACAGCGCCUUAUUGUCAGAAAAUACAGUGCCCUGCUCUGUACCCAGUCGGAGACCAGAUUGGUGUGGUAAACAUCUCAUGCAGCAAUGAGAAUUACUAUGGCAGUAAUUGCACGUAUACAUGUAUAGAUGGGUAUGAUAUGUUGCCAGGAUACAACCCUAUAAAACUGUGCACAGACAAUGAAACCUGGGUUGGUGAUACACCAUUGUGUUACGACACGUCUGCCCCUGUCUACACAGACUGCCCGUUCGUGGUCACAGGUUAUGCUGAACAAUUGCAGGAAUCUGGGCACGUGUUCUGGGACAAACCAAUCGCGACAGAUAACAGUGGAUCACCAGUUCCAGUAUUUCAAACAUCCGGUCCAGUGUCAGGCAGUGAUCUGCAGGUGGGAAAGUACGAUGUAGAAUAUAGUUCCACAGAUGUGAUGAAUAAUACCGCGACAUGUUCGUUCACAGUAAUCGUAAAACAGAUUUCAUGCCCAGAGCUAGAAGAAGUUCCGUACAUGACAGCUGUUUGUCCCAAUGGUAGAAUACUAGGUGCUAGUUGCGAUUUCUAUUGCGAGGAAGGAACCAUUCUCAAUGGUCAGGCCUCGGCAGUAUGUGGACUGGAGAAUACAAGCAUACCAGUUGGGCAAUGGAACUUCCAGCAACAGCCAAAUUGUGAAGCAAUAGAUACAUGUCCGACUAUAAACAAUCCGAUGAAUGGUGUGCUUGAUUGUGACACGUGGGAGUUGGGCACUGUGUGUCACAUGACCUGUGAGGAGGGGUUUGUUGUCACCAACGACACAAGCACGGAUUUUGAUGAGGUAGCUGUGUACGACACUCUCAUUGUCUGCGGACAGUCCGGUUACUGGACAAACGAUGGCGAACUUCCAAACUGCCAAGAGGAGGAUGCACGGACUAUGCUGUAUCUGACGGCCGGGAUAGAGUAUGGUAAUAUUGAUGACUGUACUGCACUCAACAACGAGACUUUACACGGUGAUCUCUUGCAAACUUUCAAACUAGCGCUUCAACCGGUUUGUCAGUCGCCAUUUUGCAACGUCACAGACAUACAGGAUAUCUGUGCUGACUCUGUGCGACGGAAAAGAUCUGAUUCUGCCAUGUUUGAAUUGAGCAUACAUCUGCCGCCAAACAUGACUUCAGUAAAUAUUGCAUCCCUUAGAAGUGAUAUCAUAUAUAUAACAAAAUCCAGUGAGCUAUAUGAGAACUUGACAAUUGAUGUUGGUGUUGAGAACAACACACCAGAGAAUAUUGAAGUGUCCCAACCUUAUGUUGUAUGUGAGGCAGGCAGCGGUUACGAUACAAAAACUUCUAAAUGUGUGAAAUGUAAUGCUGGCUAUUAUAUGGACAAUAUGACAAGUUUAUGUAUUGCAUGUCCGAUGGGUUACUAUCAGGACACACCGAGACAAACCAGCUGCAUACAAUGUCCCGAGGGUAGCACCACUGAAACCCGAGCAGCCUCCGCACUGUCACUGUGUAUAGAAGGGUGUGCUGCAGGCUAUUAUUCUGAGAGUGGUACUCCACCCUGUUCUGCAUGUGAGAUGGGAUCAUAUAGUGAUACGAGUAGCAGUACCCAGUGUACACAAUGCCCUGCCUCACAGACCACAUUCACUCCCGCUUCGACUUCAGUCAGUGAUUGUCAAGAUUUUGACGUAUUGUUUACUGCACCGGACACUAAUUCUACACCAGUAUAUGUAACAACGGAGCUGCAAAAUAUUUCCACAUUCACAUUGAGCUUCUGGCUUCAGUGUUACAUGUGUGACGAAAUCAUCACAUUGUCAGAGAGUCAUGAGGCACCAAUAAUGUCAAUAGGAAACACAAACUCACUUGUUCUCCAACUGAAAAGUGGACAAUACGUUAGCAAUGUGGAUAUCUCAGAUAGCACUGUCUGGAGGAAACUGACAGUAUCUCACACUAAACAAGACAUGCGCAUAUACCUAGGCGACACUGUGGUGUUACAUGUGCCAACGAAUAGAUCAAUUACAGAGAACGUGACUAGUCCGGUUACCCUCGCAGUCGGCGGUGACGGAUUUCAGGGAUCUGUGUCCCAGCUCCACAUGUUGUCAUACCUUCUUCUACCGGACAGUAAUCACACCGGUACAUGUGUAGCGGAUGUGAGUGGUGACCUCGUGCAGUGGAAGCAGUUUACGCAACAUGAGGGAUCCUUUGUUAUCACAUUCUCCAGUUGUGAUGCAACCAACAACUGUUCAAGUUCACCGUGUCAGAAUGGUGGUUCUUGCGCUUACUUCAUGAAUGGCUUCACCUGCGCAUGUCUGUCCGGAUAUACAGGUACGAUCUGUGAAACAGAGAUAGAUGACUGUGAAGGACAUAUCUGUCAGAAUAAUGGCACUUGUACAGAUGGCUUGCAGUCGUAUACAUGCACCUGUGCAGAUGGAUAUACCGGGGACUUAUGUGAGCUCCUUGUAGUGCAUGGUGGCUGGACCAACUGGGAUAUCACCGGGUCUUGUUCAGUAAGUUGUGGAACAGGCGUUCAACAGCGGGCACGUGUCUGUGACAACCCUUUGCCUAUCAAUGGUGGAACAGAAUGUCAGGGAAAUAGUGACGAUGUUAUAGCGUGUGAAACUGGCACAGUUUGUGUGAACGAAUGCUCUAUAAACCCAACAAGUGUUGAUUACGGGGACAUGAACUGUGACUGGACAGAUAAUAAAACCCGUGCAUGUGCACCUGCAUGUCAUGACGGCUAUGACUUUGAUAAUGAUAUAUACCUAAACCCUGUUUGUGGCACAGAGACUGGAUAUACUUGGAGUAUAAACAAUGGAUACAAUCCAUAUGAUCUUAUACCUUCAUGCACUGCGAAAAAUAAAGCGCUGCUGAAUACAAUGCAUUACUCGGCGGAAUAUCUUUUGUCAUCAUUGGAUGCAACAACGAGGACGUCCAUCAUAGAUGUUGUAAAUGGUAAAUUACAUGAAACCGGCUGUAUAAGUACAGGCAGGUGUACUCUAGUAGAGACGAUUGUCUCCCUUGUCAUUCAGUCUUCACGUAAAAAACGUGACACUGGUUCUUCUGUGAUGUUUACGUCAACAGUCACAUGUGAACCGACAACAGGUACAGAUGAUUGCUACAACUUAUUAGUGGACUUUCUCAACAGCAUGGAACUGUAUAUAGAACAGCGUGAGUUAACUGUACAGUAUGAUGGGGUUGACUAUGACGUUGAAGUGAACAGUUCUUCAGUAGAUGGUACAUCACAAUGUUCUCACGGAUAUAUACCAGUUAUGCACUAUUGUUUACAUUGUGGUAAAGGGGCGUAUGCUGUAAAUAACUACUGUGAACUUUGUGCACUCGGGUAUUACCAGGACGAGGUUGGGCAGACCACGUGUAAGCAAUGUCCAGAUGGAUAUACCACUGAGGGUUUGAUGACUCGGGAUAGAGAAUUAUGUAAUGUAAUGGUGCCGGCAUCUGACGAGAAAAUAAACUGGCAGCUGUUUACUGUAGUGACCCUUGCUUCACUGGUCGGGGUCAUUCUCAUCGUAGCCGGAGUCUACCUUGUCUGGGACAGACAGUUCAAGAGGGAGAAAAAAAAGAAGAUCGUAUACUGUGAUACACCAGAACCGGAAACGCCGCCUGUCGUCAGGUUUAAUAUGAAAAAUAUUUGGUAUAUGGGAAAGCCUGUGAAGAAAGACCAGAACUGGAGUCCGGAUGAUGAGGUAGCGAGCGUAGACAACGAUUCUGUCUUGACAUUUGAUGUGGUAGAGGAUAUAACCUGGAACAAUGAUGAUUUUCAAUCAAUAGAACUGCCAGAGACUCCUUUAUCGUACAGUGUAAGGCCGCCUACAUUCAGAUACUCUUCGCCCAUACCUGUAAAGCCCUACGCAUGGAAAUAGUGACAUGUGCCCCUUACAAACAGCGGUGUCUGUCUUUUCUGGAAAGUUUGAACAUGCAAUUACAUACAUUGAAAAAACUGUGGUCUGCUUGAAUAUAUGUGUACUUUUACUUUAUCAGCACGUAUAAUUUUACUUCCGUGAAGUGAUAUUGUGAAAUUGUAUAUUCUGUAAAUCUGUAUGUUUUCAGUAUGUCAUAUUUUGAUAAAUGCUGAACUUCUCUUAUAAAGCCAUAUCUUCUGAAACUAACGUUUACCUUUUUCACACACAUUUUAUUAAUUUUGAACUCGAUAGUUAAUAGUUUUGAACUAGAAUCUCUUUGCAACCGCAUUGCCAAACGCAGGCAAUCUUCAAGAUAUACAUGUAUUUGACCAAAGUGGCAAACUUUAGAUUUGGAGCUAAGAAAAAUUACUUCGUAUUUAAAUAAUUAGCUAUUAGAUGCUUUCCUUGUAGCCGCUGUAACAAGAUGCUUUACCAGUAGAACCUGGAAAACAGAUUCGAGCCGCUGAAAUACACUUUAUUGCAAAUAUUCGUUAAAUUUCACCUUGUGUUUUGAAAUAAAAUACUGUGUGCUUCUCAUGUCCGUG